AGUAAGAAAGAGAAAGUAGGAAGAGAAGUCCUUUCUUUUUCUCUUUGUCUGACAUUUUGCGCCUUUCAUUUGGUUUGAGCCUGAAAACCUUUUUAUUUCUUGUUUCGCCCAUUUUAACUAAAUAAUUUUUUUGUGAUUUAUCUUGGUUUUUUUUCUAAUUUAAUUUAAUCUUGGUAACAAUUUAAAAAAUAAUCGAGAAGGCUGUAAAGUUCAACCAUGUCUAAUAAUAUAGUUUGUGACGGUGGUGGCACUGAAGUUGAAAACAUAACAGAAAUACAAAAUUAUUUGCAAUCUUUUAACAAGGAGAUAGGUGAGACGACGGUUAGCGCCACUGAAGCUAAUAACCAAACUACACAACCAACUUAUUAUACUAUUGAAGCUUCUCAGGUAUUAACGCAAAAUGGAGGUUCAUCAACGGGUACAAAUGUUGUUGCUACAGCCCCCGGUACUUCGAGUGAUGGUACCGGGGCAUUUCCCACUUUGGCUCUUGUCCCUGAUGCUGUUGGAGGAUAUGUUCUCAUCGUUCAACAGCCAGCUGGACAAGAACAGGUUUCUAGCGCUUCUCUGGUCUCAAGUGCUGGUGGUACCUUAGCUCUAACUCGAACUAGUGAGAGCGAAGUCAAAUCGGACCAAAUCACAACUGAUGACAGUUUGACUUUACCUUUUCAAGUUAAACAAGAGAGACUGGAAAUAGAGAAACCAAAUGAUAUUUCUGUAUAUGACUUCGAUGAAGUCAAUCCACCUCCUAGCUCGGGUGCCAUUGAGGAAGAGGAACCCGAAGAAAUGCUUGAUAAUGAUCAAGAAGACAUGUUACCGCUGGAAUCGGGAGACAAACAAAACAAUGUUUUAGCUACUCCAAAAAAUAAGAGGCCCAAGAAAAGUCCAGCCACCACUGGAAAGAAGCAUAAAAUAUCAACUCCUCAAACUCCAUUGAAUCCUAAUUCACAUAUGUGUAACUAUUGUAACUAUGCUAGUAACAAACGUUAUCUUUUGUCACGGCAUAUGAAAUCUCACAGUGAAGAAAGGCCUCAUAAAUGUGGUAUAUGUGAACGAGGUUUCAAAACAAUCGCAUCUCUUCAAAAUCACGUCAAUACGCAUACUGGUGUAAGGCCACACGGCUGUAAAUAUUGUGAUGCAGCAUUCACUACAUCAGGUGAACUCGUCAGACAUGUUCGUUAUCGACAUACUCACGAGAAGCCUCAUAGAUGUCCUGAAUGCGAUUACGCCAGUGUUGAAUUAUCCAAAUUAAAAAGACAUAUGAGAUGUCAUACAGGAGAACGGCCUUACCAGUGUCCCCAUUGUACCUACGCCAGUCCUGAUACCUAUAAACUCAAAAGACAUCUUCGAAUUCAUACUGGCGAGAAACCUUAUGAAUGUGAUGUUUGUCACGCAAGAUUCACCCAAAGUAACUCGCUUAAAGCGCAUAAACUAAUUCAUAGCGGUAACAAGCCAGUCUUCAAGUGUGACCAAUGUCCGACAACGUGUGGGCGUAAAACUGAUUUAAGAAUUCAUGUCCAAAAAUUACACACGAGUGACAAGCCUUUGACGUGUAAAAGAUGCGAUCAAUCUUUUUCCGAUAGAUAUUCAUUUAAGAUUCACCUAAAAAGUCAUGAAGGAGAAAAAUGUUUUAAAUGUGACCUGUGUAAUUAUGCCAGUGUAUCUGCCCGGCACUUGGAAUCACACAUGUUGAUUCAUACUGAUCAGAAACCUUUCGAGUGUGACGAAUGUGAACAAUCUUUCCGACAAAAGCAACUCUUAAAACGGCAUAAAAAUUUGUACCACAAUCCAGAGUACAUCCCGCCACAGCCUAAGGAAAAAACGCAUGAAUGUCCUCAUUGCACCAAAGCUUUUAGACACAAAGGUAAUCUUAUGAGGCAUCUAGUUGUGCAUGAUCCCGAUGCUUAUAAAGAUGCCAAUUUUGAUUCAAGUGGUAGAAUGAAUGACAGUCAUCAGCUGAUUGACGAAGAAAGUGACGAAAACUCUCAAAUGGUUUUGCCAAACACGGAUGAAGAGUCGUUAGAGCCACAGACUUUACAAUUCACAUUAGACCCUCAAACUCAACAAAUUAUUUCUGGUGACCAAGUUGUUGUAUUUGAAGUGGUCCAAAUCAAUAAUGAAGAGGAAUCUAACUCGACUAGUUCGCAUUCCUAUGCAGCUGUCGAUCAAAGUGCUGCCUCAACUGCUGUUGUACCUCCACCAUUGGUGAUUACAGAAAAUUUCAAACCAUCAAGGGAUCAAAAACAAAAGGAUGUUGCUGAAUGUUUUGGCUUCAAAAACGACGAUGAAGAAGAUGAAGCGAUACUUUCAAUGCCCGCUGCUCAUGCACAAUGAAGCUAACUAGACACUGGAAAUCUGUUCAAACCUUGUCUUACAAGUCAAUAUAAUGUAUUAGAUGAAAUUUACAACAGUAUGUUAAUCAAUAAACAUAGUCUAAUGUUUAUUGAUACAACCGAGUCAGCAUUAUAUUAAACUUGACGUUAAAAUGACCAUAUAUUGAGUUCAACAUGUCUUAUUAGAAACUGAAAAAGGGAAGAAUGUUUUCUCAUUAAUAUUAUCUGAAAAAAAUGUGACUCAAAAACCUUGCGAUGAAUUUUCGAUUCAACAAUCAAUUUCGCUUUUCUAGAUUUUCCGUUCUGAUUGGUUCGUACAUUGGCAAUCUGGGGCUGAGAAAUAAAUUAAAAUUCAACCUUUAA